AUGCUGGAACGAUCAACCCAUUUGUUUCAACUUACUGAUAACUCUGGCUGUGUGAUGACUGGCAUGAUCGCGGACAGCAAGUCUCAGGUCCAGAGAGCCAGAUAUGAAGCUGCUCAGUUCAAGUAUAAAUAUGGAUAUGAAAUGCCCAUUGAUACAAUGUGGUGUUCAAUGGUCUUGAUUGGCUACGAUGAUGAGCUAGGACCAUGCGUCUACAAGGCAGACCCUGCAGGCUACUAUUGUGGCUACAGAGCAGUCAGUGUAGGUGCGAAACAGACUGAGGCUAACAGCUAUCUAGAGAAAAAAUUGAAGAAGAAGCAGGAUCUUCAACAUGAUGAUGUUAUCCAACUUGCUAUCAGCUGUUUAUCUAGUGUACUAUCAGUUGAUUUCAAACCAACAGAGAUUGAAGUAGGUGUUGUUUCUGCAGAUAAUCAUAAGUUCAGGAAACUGACUGAGCAAGAGAUUGACAGACACCUGACUGCGAUUGCUGAAAAGGAUUAGGAAGAUAAUCUGUUUGGUUUUCAAUUAUUGUAAUUAAGAUUUAUUGGUUUACACCCUAUCUAAUAAAAUUUCACAAACCAUGAA